CAUUUUUAAUUUUGAGCUUCACCUGAUUUACUUCCGAUCUCCAACCUUCUCUAACCUUAAAAUCAAAUGGCACAGCAGAAGGUGGUCCUGAAGAUCCUGACCAUGACCGACGAUAAAACGAAGCAGAAAGCAAUAGAAGCCGCUGCUGACAUAUACGGGGUGGAUUCAAUAGCAGCUGAUACGAAAGAGCAGAAGCUCACAGUGAUAGGGGAAAUGGACACAAUUGCAGUAGCAAAAAAGUUGAAGAAAUUAGGGAAGGUUGACAUCAUAUCAGUAGGGCCAGCUAAAGAAGAAAAGAAAGAAGAAAAGAAAGAAGAGAAGAAAGAAGAAAAGAAAGCAGAGAAACCCGCUGCUGCCCCAGCUGAGAAGAAAGAAGAAAAGAAGGAAGAGAAAAAGUAAGCAAAUACCCCAAAUUUUCUUAUUUCUUCACAGUUAUGAUGUAUAUGGGUGUCUGAGUUGAUGAUCAUUAUAUCCUUUAUUUAGUGGAAUAAUGAAAAUUUUCCAACAUGAA